AUGACUGCAACAACUGCUACUACAACUACUAAUGCUGCCGCUGCAGCGACUGCCACCGCAACUACAGCAGCAAUGACAGUCGCUACCAAAAAUUACGUUGUAACUUCUGAAAUGGGGUAUUUCCUGAUUGUAUAUCUGGUGGUACUCUCAAUUGUUGGUACGGCGGGUAAUACGCUGGUUCUUGUGGUAUUUUACCGGAAGAAGGACAAGCAGCAAAAACAAAACAAAGACGCGACAGCCACUACUACUUCUGCAGCUGCUACUGAAUUAGCCCUUAUUUUUACUACUACUAAUGGCUUUGCACCUGCUGCCACUGCUGCUACUACUGCAGCUACAACAUCGUAA